UGGGUGGUGUCAACUCCCUCCCACCUCCAGUUCUCCUCCCCAAACAUUCAUUUAUCCAUCAAGCAUUUACUGAGUGCCUGUUGAGCGCUUGUUGCCAGACCAGCACAAAGGAUACUCUUUUGAAUAAGCACAGUCCCUUCCCUAAAAAGUUCUCAAUAUGGAGAGGGAGAGAGACACCCAGUGAUAGAGCAGUGUGGUUGGUAUUAUUAGGGAAGAGCAGAGGCAGGGCAGAGAACCCAGAUUUUGUAGGGGGUAUUCAUGGAAGGCUUCCUGGAGGAAAUGACAUGUAGGGUGAAACUUGAAGGAUGAGUAAGCACUAUCCAGGUGAAGUGGGUGGUAAAAGGAGCAGUGUUCAGGUUGAGAGAACUGCUUUAGUAAGGCCCGGAAGGGUCCUGCCUCCUUGUGGAGACCUGGAGGUGCCCCCUGAGCCCUGGGCAAGGAGGUUGAGAGACUUCAGGCUUACCAGAUUCACCUCCUCCACCCUGCUGGGGCUCUGCAUCUUGAGAUGCCUCUGCCUUUGCUCUUGGCUGCUUCUGAACUUUGCCCCAAGUGCAGGCUGGCAAUGCCGUGUGUCCCAGACUCUGCACGCUGCAGGGGAGAGGGGCAGAGCUCACGUUACAAGCCCUGUUGGGUAGGCUUUGCAGAGGCUCGGGUGUUCCAGGACAGGGGUGGAGAGAAGAGAGGUUCGUAGCCUGCAAAUAGUCAAAGGGCUGGAGCUGCCUGUGAAGCAGAUGGACCGUGCAGGUUGGAGGAGGGCUCAGUGAGAGGGGUCUGCACAGCUGGCCGGCACUGGGGAGGGGCCACGUGGAGAGGAGGGUUUGGAGUUCUGGCUGAGAGCCUGCUGCACGGGCGCCUUCCUGAGGACCAGGAAGGAGAGCUCUCUCGCCAGACUAGGUCCCCUGCUCAGGGACUUCAGGAAAAAGGCGGCACACGAUGCCCUUGAGGAGGGUGGCCAUGGGGAUAGAUGGAAGGAGUGCCUUUGGGGACAGGUUCAAGAGGUUUAUGUCACUGGGAAGGAGGAGUCACAAGAAGGCUUUGGUAAGGGAAGAAAUGUUGGGGGAAGCAGGAGACCACAGUGGAACCGGGAAUACCUCAGGCUGCAGCCAGGCAUUGCCCUCCCGGGGCGAGUAAGCCAGGCUGUGGCAGGGCAUUGCCCAGGCCCAUCUGCGGAAGGGCAGUGAGAAGCCCAGCUGGCCAGUGAUGUGGGGGAAUCAGCAGCCGGUUCUGAGCUGCUCCAAAGAACCACACCAGUGGUUCCACGCUGAGGGAACUGGGCAGAUGGGGUUGGGGUGUGGGUGUGUGUGCGCGUGCAUGUAUAAUAGAAGAAAGAAGGAGGCAGAGAGAGAAAGAGGCUAGGAGUCUUUCUGGAAAAACUUCCCACCAGGCCUGACUUGAGAAGUAAUCUGAAGCAAGGAAACUAGAUUCCCCAGGCUUGGGGUGGGAGGGGUGCAAGGUGAGGGAGAGUGGGGAGCUGCCUGUGCUGAGAUGCUGCUGAUGGCUAGAGCUGGGGACUGGGACAGAGCCCACCCAGACUGGGCUGCUGACAUCUCUUUGGUUGCUGGCGAGGAACCUGGCCUCAGGGGAUGGCCCUGUUUUCUGGAGCUCAGGCACUGGAGGGCUAGGCACGGAUGAAGCAAGCUGGUAGCCAGAUCACUGGCCCAGGAGCCGAGAUCUUGAGGCUGUCUGGAGUAGCCAGGAGGGGUGAGUUGAGGGUCAGGGUGGGGAGAAGGCCUGGCAUCGGCCACAACUGGGGCAGAGAUGGAGGGCAGAGCUUGGUGGUGAUCUGUGUUUCGUGUCGAGAAUCUUCAGUUGUACUGGGAGGAAAGAGCUGGAUCCCAGUCACUGAGCUGGGAGUGAGAAACACCAGGGCCUUGUAGACUGGCUUGAGGGAGAGGUCUGCACAGGCUCCCAGACAGCCCAGGGCUGGGCAGUGAGGGAUGCAGGCUGACUCUUUCUCCAAGCAGGGAAAGGACCUGGGCCCCAAAGCUGCAGGCCUGGUAGCCUCACAACUCUGGGUGGAGCUCAGUUCUGUUUUCCUGCUCUAUGCUGCCCUGGAGCUGUGCCUGCUGCCAGGACCUGUGAAGGUUGGCGCUCUGGAGCUGGGUGUGGGGAACAGGGUGCUGGUGGGAGAGACCCUGUCCCCUGGUGGCCCUGGUGGCCCCUGUGCAGAGAGCUCAUACUGGGCUUUCCUUUGAUGCAGUGAGCUCUGGCACACAGAGGAUGGGGUGAGGCUCUUCAAUGCCAAAAAAUGUGGGAAGAACACACCUGUACACGGUUUAGUUUCUUUGCUAAGCAUGUAUUCAAACCAAUACCUUGUUUUACGGACAGAGGGGCCUCCCCAGAAGUGUGAAGUAAGUAGGACCCUCAGUCAUCCCUAACCUCUUCUCCAGCUCUAGGCAGAUUCAGAAGGAGGCGCUUACUGAACGUGGACCAGGCCAGAACCCGUGUUUAUCACAAACACCUUGAUGGGCAACUUCCAACUACACACAAUCACACAUGGGAAGCAUGCUUCAGACCACACAAAAUUCACUUUUUAUUGGCCUUUUUUUGGCAAUGGAUUUCUCUUUCUAAUCAUAUUUUGCAUAAACUAGUGUUAAAGUGGAUUUGCAUCCUCAGAGCACAAGCUGGAGGUGUGAUGGAGAGUGCUAGGUGGAAGGCAUGUCAGUCUGGGCUUUAAACACUGUCUAGAAGUAACAGACAAGACGGAUAAAACCAGACUGAGCUGACUAUUGUAAUUACUAGCAGUCAAGAUCAUCAAAGUCUAACCAGCCUUGAACAUGGAAACUUCCUUUGAGGACCACUCAUAUUACAGAUGUCAUACCUUACAACUUCCCUAUUUUACAGAGGAGUAAACUGAGGCAGAGAGCCCCAAGGUGCCUUAGGUACCGUCUCCUGGGCUAGUGUCUUCACAGCAUUUCUCUCAGAGGUCAGAAGAUAUCGGUGAACUCAAAGUGGCAAUAAGAUGGGGGUGGGAUGGAAGCGCAGACUGCCGGAGAAGAGUGGCAGAGAGAAGGCCUGGAUGGUUAACAGGGCUGACCCAGGAUACCUCUCAGAGUUCUUUCUCAGCCUCCCGGAGGAAAGGGGAAAACCUCGUGGGAGUCCAGUGAGGUUUCGCGCCUCCCCAGGUUGCCGAGACGUAUCCACUCGCGCAAAUCCCAGUUGCCACUGUUACUUGGAUAUUUCAGCUCUGCAUUCCUGCAUGCUGGCAUCCAGUCACAGCCCGGCAGGAAUGGAGCAGCUCUCUUGCUGCUGGUGGCCUGGCUCUUGGGCUGGAUGGCUCAGCAGUGAGGGCGUCUGGGCAGCCUCCAGGACUCCUCUGAGCGCAGCCUUCCUUGGCCUAGGAAGGAUUCUUCCAGGUUGCUCCAGCCCCCAGCUGACUUCAUGCACACUGGGUCCCAAUUAAUGGAUUCUGACAUGGAUUAUGAAAGGCCAAACGUAGAGACCAUCAAGUGCGUUGUGGUGGGGGACAACGCCGUGGGCAAGACCAGGCUCAUCCGUGCCCGGGCCUGCAAUGCGACCCUCACCCAGUACCAGCUGCUUGCCACCCACGUGCCCACAGUUUGGGCCAUCGACCAGUAUCGGGUGUGCCAGGAGGUGCUGGAACGCUCCCGAGACGUGGUAGAUGACGUCAGCGUCUCCCUUCGCCUCUGGGACACCUUUGGAGACCACCACAAAGACCGUCGCUUUGCUUAUGGGAGAUCCGAUGUGGUGGUUCUUUGCUUCUCCAUUGCCAACCCCAAUUCCCUCCACCAUGUCAAGACCAUGUGGUACCCAGAAAUCAAGCACUUCUGCCCCCGAGCACCUGUCAUCUUGGUGGGCUGCCAGCUGGACCUGCGCUACGCGGACCUGGAGGCUGUCAAUAGGGCCAGGCGACCCUUGGCUAGGCCCAUCAAGCCCAAUGAGAUCCUUCCUCCGGAAAAGGGUCGGGAGGUGGCCAAGGAGCUGGGCAUCCCUUACUAUGAGACCAGUGUGGUGGCCAAGUUCGGCAUCAAGGACGUCUUUGACAACGCCAUCCGGGCGGCGCUCAUCUCCCGCCGGCACCUGCAGUUCUGGAAGUCCCACCUCCGCAAUGUGCAGCGGCCUCUGCUGCAGGCGCCCUUCCUGCCUCCUAAGCCACCUCCUCCCAUCAUCGUGGUGCCCGACCCCCCCUCCAGCAGUGAGGAGUGCCCCGCCCACCUCCUGGAGGACCCGCUGUGCGCGGAUGUCAUCCUGGUGCUGCAGGAGCGGGUGCGCAUCUUUGCCCACAAGAUCUACCUCUCCACCUCCUCCUCCAAGUUCUACGACCUGUUCCUCAUGGACCUGAGUGAGGGGGAGCUGGGGGGCCCCUCGGGGCCAGGGGGCCCCCGCCCAGAGGACCACCGGGGUCACCCUGAUCAACACCACCACCAUCACCACCACCACCACCAUGGCCGGGACUUCCUGCUUCGGGCAGCCAGCUUUGAUGUGUGUGAGAGCGUGGAGGAGGGUGGGGGAUCUGGUCCUGCUGGGCUUCGGGCCUCAACCAGCGACGGGAUCUUACGGGGCAAUGGAACAGGGUACCUGCCGGGGAGGGGUCGAGUGCUGUCUUCCUGGAGCCGAGCUUUUGUGAGCAUCCAGGAAGAGAUGGCAGAAGAUCCACUGACCUACAAAUCCCGGCUGAUGGUGGUGGUAAAAAUGGACAACUCCAUCCAGCCGGGGCCCUUCCGGGCCGUUCUCAAGUACCUGUACACAGGGGAGCUGGAUGAGAAGGAGCGGGACCUCAUGCACAUUGCCCACAUUGCUGAGCUGCUCGAGGUCUUUGAUCUGCGCAUGAUGGUGGCCAACAUUCUCAACAAUGAGGCCUUUAUGAACCAGGAGAUCACCAAGGCCUUCCACGUCCGCCGGACGAACCGGGUUAAGGAGUGCUUGGCAAAAGGCACCUUCUCAGAUGUGACCUUCAUCCUGGAUGAUGGCACCAUCAGUGCCCACAAGCCCCUGUUGAUUUCCAGCUGUGACUGGAUGGCUGCCAUGUUUGGGGGACCGUUUGUGGAGAGUUCUACCAGGGAGGUUGUGUUUCCUUACACAAGCAAGAGCUGCAUGAGGGCGGUGCUGGAGUACCUCUACACGGGCAUGUUCACCUCCAGCCCCGACCUGGAUGACAUGAAGCUCAUCAUCCUGGCCAACCGCCUCUGCCUGCCGCACUUGGUUGCCCUCACCGAGCAGUACACAGUGACUGGGCUGAUGGAAGCAACUCAGAUGAUGGUGGACAUUGACGGGGAUGUCCUUGUGUUCCUGGAGCUGGCUCAGUUCCACUGUGCGUACCAGUUGGCGGACUGGUGUCUCCACCACAUCUGCACCAACUACAACAACGUAUGCCGGAAGUUCCCCCGAGACAUGAAGGCCAUGUCCCCAGAAAACCAGGAGUAUUUUGAGAAGCACCGGUGGCCGCCCGUCUGGUACCUGAAGGAGGAAGAUCACUACCAGAGGGCGCGGAAGGAGCGGGAGAAGGAGGACUAUCUGCACCUGAAGCGGCAACCCAAGCGGCGGUGGCUGUUCUGGAACAGUCCUUCCUCGCCAUCCUCAUCGGCGGCCUCCUCGUCGUCCCCGUCUUCCUCCUCGGCCGUGGUCUGAGAUGCUGCCACCCUCUUCUGACCCUGCUGCUGUCGUCCCCACUUGCCCUUGCCCCUCUGCUCUUCUGCAUCGCCCCCUCCACCCUCCAGGGACAAGGGGACCCACAUAACCGGGACCCUGAGGGCGGAGCUGUUCUCACCAGCCAACACAGCGCAGCAAGAGAGGACGGGCCUUGUGGAUCAGGACAGGGACUCCCUGCACAGGUCCCCAACCCAAAGCAGGGCAGGUGACAGCAGCUGGGAGGUGGGGAGCAGGGAAAGAGCUGAGAGUUCUGGCAUCUUGUCUCUGGGUUGGAGAACCCUAGAGUCGAAGGGAAAACUCUCCCAGCCAUGAGGCUGAGUGUCUUGGUCUGUGGAGGCGGCCUCCUCCCACUGAGCCACGGUGUGCACGCAGGGAAGGUCCUGUCCCUAUUGCCACUGAUUUUCCACUGAUGGACUUGAUGGUUGCAAAUGUUUUGUGGGCAUUUCCAUACGGAGUCUACUCAGAUCCUCACUGGAGAAGUCAGGGUAGAAAUUAAGCCUUCAGAGCCCAACUCAAGGCUUCCACAUCCUGGGCUGUAGCUCCCAGAUGCCACAAGUGGGAGGCUUGCACGCUGCCAGCCUCCCUCUCAGGGCUGUCGGCAGCCAGGCCUGGUACAGGGUGGCGGAGGUGGUUGGGAGCUCUGGCCUAUCAGGAGUGCCUCCUGGUGCCAUGAGGAAGUUCUCCCUCCUCCCUCCUUCACCGCUCAGAUGUGGAGAUGGGUACCAAAGGAGGCAGCCGGAACGGGGGAGAGAGAAGAGGGGGUGAGGGGGUCUGGGCACAGCAAUCCCAUGCUCCUCUGGGCUCUUCCCCUCGCCUCUGGUUAGCACGGCUUCUUAUGGAGUGGGGUAAAACUAGCAAAAAAUCCUAAACAACGACAAACAAUCACCACCAAUGAAAACACUCUAGCCUCUAUUCCCUCGAAGAAAGGAAAACAGAAGACCCUGUAUAGCUUACAUCUUUAUAAAGCUAAAGAGGAGACCCGUGUUGAUGAGAUAAAGGUUUAGGUUGUAGAAUUGAUUCCAGUGCCUGUCAGGAAAGAACCUGUCACCUGCUGUGGCUGAGAUUGCCCUGGCCCUGCUGGCUGGCUCUGCGGGGCAGCACCCAUCCCAUGCCUUCAGCAUGAAGGAUUGAGGUUUCAGGGGGCAGGGAAGGGGUGGUCUCAGGGCUCCAACAUGGCAUUGGACCCUUGUUUUUGCCCAUGAUGAGAAACAGAUUAUCCUCUUCACCUUCAGAGGGUGACUCCACAGGAUGUGAAUGUGUUGGGGGUGGGGGGUUGGGGUAGGAGUCAAAGGUCAGGUAAAAGGGCACUGACUUGGAGACUAGGAGUCCCUGUAAUGAAGGAUCACAGGGCAUGACUUUCCUUAGUGCUGGUUUAGGAUAGGUAAAAGGGAAAGAGAAAAAGGGAGACUAAAGCAGGAGCAAAACCAAGAUCAGCUUGUGGGGAAAAGCUGGGCCAUGCCGACCCUUCCUGUUUUCUAGCCCUGCUCCAUAUUGCUCCCCCCACACCCUUCUUAGACCGGGAAGAGUCUCUCUGAUAAGGGGUGGAGCCAGCGAGACAGCUCCUGGGCUCACCUCACCUCAGAAAGAUGCUUUAAGAAGAGGGUCUGGCUUUAGGUCCCACGGCCCUGGGAUGGGCUCCACCACCAAGAGUCUGGCUUUAGGUUUGGGAUAGAGCAAACCCAGAAACAGAGGAAACCUGUGCAACAUUUUUGUGGUGCCAAGACUUAGAGGUUUGACGUCACGUCUUUGUCAAGAGGAGGAGCAGGAGGUGGCAGGUCUAGAGUGACUAUGACCACUGUUGUCCGAGCCCCAGACUUCUCCAAGGCUAUGGCUGCCUCCCCUCCAAGUCCUCCUGCAGGGUGGCUGGCUGGGAAGCCAGACGUGUGCUGCCCUCUACUGACUGGUCAGCCUCCCUUUCACUGAGCCUGCAGGCUGUAGCUUCUGGGUGAAGCUGAGGAGCCAAUGGGCAGGGGCAGGAGGCUGAGGACCCGAGGGGAGGACCCAAGGGGAAGACUGCUCUGGGAAGAGGGACAGGGGUGGGGCCACGGGGCCUCCCAGGGACUCUGGGUAAGAGGGAGAGCCGAGGCCUAAAGAGCAAAAGGAGGGGAAAUGGGUCUCCAGGAGCUUGCAGGGCUGAGCCAUCUGACCCACUGAUGAGAAUGCAGUGGGGAGAGAAAGUGAAGGUGGCCCAGGAGGUGCAGGAAGCCCACAGGAGAGGGGCCACAGAAUGACCCCAGCAACUAGGGUGGACUCACCCCUCAGGGACCCACCACCCCCUUCCCAAAUGCUGUGUCAGAGCCAGCCUGCACCACACUAGAGCCCAGCAGGCCCAGGUGCAACCCAGAGACACCACCUGGGGAGGCUGUGGGGGAGCCAGGCCAAGACUAGUGUCCCUCUCCCAGGGGGAAGGGCAGGGAGGUGAAGGAGGGGCAAGAUGCUGAAUUCCAGUUCCUCAGGAACCUGGCACUUGGAGAUCCAGAGUCAGCAGGAAACCCACCCAUGCAGGGCAAGCCUGGAGGCACAGAGGGGAGAAGGGAAGGAGCAAGUCCCACAGCAAGAAUACACACCCUUGCACUUGUGUCACUCGGAGCUGCUUCAGAGGAGAAUGGGGGGAUGGGGGAGAAAAAACCCACACCUCUUUUUAUAUAAGGUUUCAUAUUUAAUUUGGUCAUGAGUUCAUAAAUACAUGAGUAUUUUGUACCUAA